AACAGGCUAGUGACCUCAUUUUGGGCAAUUUCCCAGUUGACAUGAAGGAGAUGACAUAUUUGUAAAUAAACGCGUGUGGAAAUCUGAUUGGUUAUCUACAUAUGUUAUCCAGCAUCCAAAAAUAAAAAUAGUUUUGUUUAUGUUUAGAACUGUAGAAUGAAUUUCAUGAAUAAAUAUAAACUUAAUUGAUACAACUGAUUAGCAAUUUUUAUGAGGACGUCUGCGACCUUCACCUAACCUGGGAUCUAAACAUUUAAUUCAGAAGCAAAAGAGCUGCCAAUAUGGCCACUGCUAGAGAGGAUAAAGACUUAGACCUUGGGGACUGGUUAGUCUCAAACUUAACUGGUAACGUCUGCCCGGGACUGGCAUUAAUAGAUGUUGGAAAAUUUACAAUUCCUUGGCUUAAUGAAAAGAGCGGAGGACUGCAACCAGGGCAGCCUGACACGCUCUUUAUCGAAGCCUGGGCGAAACACAAGGAAUAUAAAGAAAGAUCUGACCUUACAUGGGACAAAAAUCGGAGCGAGUGGAAAUGCAAAUUUCGCAACUCAUUAAAUAGUUAUAUUAAAAAGCGAAAAACAAUCAUCAAACUUGAAGAUAAGUCUAUUUUUGGCCACAAAGUGUAUCAGUUUGAUGAGGAGUUUUUCAAAAACAACUUUACUGUUAUACCAAGUAGUGAUAUUAAAUGUGUUAGCAACACGUUUGAAUCCCCUUCAGGCAUAGCUAUGCAUCGCCCACUUGUCACAGAAGAUUGUAUUUUGAAACACACCAACAUUCAGCCAGUCUUACAGGAAAUCCUUCCCAAUGAUGAAAUGACCGAUGAAUCCUGUUUGAGUUUGCCAAGCGAAUACAAUGAAAGCAUCGCACAAGAAAAUGGAAAUGUUUUUACCAACCAAAACGAUUCUACAAGUGCGAAAAACAACUCGAUGUCAAUCUCCACAUUACUUGAUGUCGAAUCAGUCUUACAUGUAUCAGUAUCGUACGGCAUUCCAGCUAGCUGUGUUAAAAAUUAUAGUUUAAAACUCGACAGGCCCGCCUGCAGGCUUUAUUAUCCCAGCUGUGAAAACAGAGGCGUGGAGAAUUACUUCAACAAUGAUGUGGGACUUACGCCUCUAGAGAUGCCUGGCCUUGACGAUCUUCACGAGAUUAACCCGAAGCAAAAGCAAUCCAUCAUGACCGUUCUAAACAGGAUGGAUCGUGGAUUUAACAUUCGAUAUGAUUCAGGGCACGUUUAUGUAGAGAGAAGAGCUGACAUCAAGAUUUCAGUCACAAGUCACAUCUAUCAAAACUGCGAGCUGCCAAGAAGAAAAUCCAGAAACCAUUCACCACUGGAGGUUAAGGUGUUUGAUUAUCAUGACUUUGAGAGUAGUUUGUCUCAGUUUAGAGACGGUUUGAUCAACACGCCUCCAAAGUCUGAUAUUAUGUUUACAUUUCCUUACAAAUCAUCGUCCGAUAGAAGACUUUUGCUAAGUCCCGUUAUGGUAACUGUUACGCAUGUAAAAGCUUUCGGUGAAUUGAACGCAUUCAUUUCUAAAAACGAGCUGCCGUCGCUAAUCAAAACGUCUGAUGAAGAUCAUCUUGAUAUAUUGUUGGAAGGAUUAGACAUCGCUGAUAGUAAUGAUGGGAGACUUUGUUUUGACAGUAGCAAUGCUGCCUUUCAAGCUGCUAUUCAUCAGCUUUCGGAAAUCCCCGAAGCACUGAUGACUGAUUGGACAAGCACCGAAGAGCAAAGCGUUGUGGCCAGGCCCCUAGUUACCGAGCAACCAGUUAUGAUGAUCACAGCUUUCUGUGGCCAACCGAAUCAGUUAAUAGAUAAGAAAUAUGUCUCUGAAAAGAACUCCAUUUGCCGAAUUUUUUCAGGAACCCAAGAGACCCAGUUAAUUGGGGACAACUUCGAAGGAGCUAAUCAUGUAGUCUUGCCACUUCCGUCUGAGGUAGACCCGUCAGUGUACAGCAAGUCGGAAAAAAUUAACAAAAUCUUAAAGAAAUUACGACGGGGCGUGCACGUGAUGUAUUGUGGUGGCAAUAUCUACGUAGAAAGACGCUGCAAUGUCGAAGUAUUUUGGACAGACGGUGUGUCUGAGUCUUUCGCUUUGCCAAGGAGAAAGUAUGAGGACCAAGACAGCAACUUCUUGGAAUUGUUUAAUUUCGACGCGUUUAAGGCAUCACUCGCAGCCUUUAAAGACUGCCCAAGUGGUACCUUGCCUGCGUUCGGGUUCAAACUGACCAUAGGAGGCAGCAUCCACCCUGAGCGGCCGUAUCCUAUGUUGAACAUACUGCUACAAGUCUCUGUCUGUCAUCUGUUAGCCCUUCAAGAGAUCCGCCGGAUUUUUGGAAACCAAGUGGAGGACUUCCAACCUCUGCUGUCGGCCCCGGACUCAAUAGACCGCAUCGUGCAGUUUCUCAAAUCUUUGACUGUAACGGCAAGUUGACUUAUAUGUGUUUGUGCUUUGGUGAAUGUGAUCAUUGAAAAUAAAAAUAAAAAAAAACGAUUUGAUUCUUCUGUCACAGAACAUCACAUGCAUUCUUUAACUCGUGUAAUAAUAGUUUGAAAUUUUGCGUAACAUCUUAUGUUUACAGUAGUUCAAAAAAAGAAAAUCCUAUGCAUUCCAACAUUUUUACUUUGUUUAUUGAAAGCAAUGUCUUUAUUAUUUGCUUGCUCACAUUUGUACCAAUGAGAUAUUAGUGAAGACGAUCUCUAUGUAAGGCCGAUAAGAGGUCAGUGUAAAGGGAGCUAAAACAUAGAGGAUGCAUAUUCUAUUAUUGACAUAAACAAGGUUAAAUAACAUUUUAGUUUUAUGUUCUUAUUUGAUUUAUAGAAAUUUCUUAAUGAACCCUAAUACUUUGUUUGAUUUUUUGAUAGUCUCAUCAAUAUAGGGAUUCCAUGAAAGUUGUCAAAACUCAUUUUCUCUCUAAUAUAUGUAUGUGUCAUGCUAAAUGUACCCAAGUCCUGGGCAAUACCAUAAUGACACAUACAAGGACAAAAUAAGAUUCAGAAUGCCACUUUACCGACAUAAAACAUGUUUAAUUACAUUAUUUGCACUAUAAUACAGAAAAAAAGUUAGAGUCUACACUUAGAUGAUAUAUAUCCAAAAAAAAAGUCCAACUGUCCUGGACUAGGAACAAAAACACACUGCCUUAUCAUGAGUUACAUUGUUCAACAAAACAUCUCACCAAAUAAAAACAACCCAAAACAAUAACAGUUUUGAAAUCAACAACCUGAAUUGCCCCCCUUCUCCCUAAAGUAAACAGGAGACCCAGGCUGUCCAGAACUCAGUCCUGACAAAAGUUUUUCAUUUAUUAUAAGACCUAGGUAUUUUGCGUUUUUAGUCUGUGUUAGUGGCUUACCAUGAAUAAGAUAAGUGGAAUUAAUUUGGUUUAGUUUUUUUCUUUUUGUUACUCUUAAUAACUGAUAUUUUUCUGGGUGGAAAGACAUGCUCCAAUUUGAUUCAAAUUUGUACCAAUUAGAUAUUAGUGAAGACGUUCUCUGUAAGGCCGAUAAGAGGUCAGUGUAAAGGGAGCUAAAAAUAAGUCUCUACUUGUUCUGGGAAUACCCGUAGUCCAUGCCCUUCUAAGACUAAGACUAAGACUUAAGACUAAGACUAAGACUAAGACUGCUUUAUUGAUCCUUACGGAAAUUUGUUGUGAUUACAAGGACUCGUUUCUCAUAUAAAGACAACACAACAGAAACAUACAUAUAAAUACAACAGACAACAUGAAGAGUUCAUUCAGCGACUACACACAGGUAUCUUGGUGCAUUUCAUGUUCCCUGAUCAAUGCGCUCUGGCGAUGCUGUAACUAAACCUCAUCUUGUUUUGUUUUAUUGUUUUAUUCAAUCUUUUUUUUUCAAAUUUUCCUUUAAAAGGAAUAUUAUUACGUCCUAGUUCAAAC